AUGCAUUACGAGCUAAUACUGUUCAUCUGUAUCAUUGCUGUCACUUCGGGUGCUAUUCACACCGUAUAUGAAUUUCAAUGCAGUUGUUCAUGCUGUACAAGCGAUCGUUGUUCAUUGAUAUCUCCAAAGAAUUAUACAACUUCGACAUGCGAAACGUGCCAAUCAAUAUGUGAGACGGAGUUUGCAUCGAUUUGCAUGAAAGGAGCCGAACGAGUUUCUUAUCAAUGUACGAGUGAUGUACCAAUAUCACGAGCAGCUAAUCCACAAAUGUGGUUUGGUUCAUUCCGUGCAACGGACGAUUGUGAUAAAACCGAUUGUUGCUGUCUAACGGAUGUCAUCUAUUUCAACCCUGGACGAUAUAAUAAUCUUCACAUCCAAGGUAGAUUUACCGGUCAAUGCUCAAGCUCAUCACCCACUUUAGAUACGACACAACCGAUACCGAAUACCAAUUCGCUUGACCUGCGAUUUCAAAAUCAACCCAUCAGUGUUACCUUAAGUGGAGAUGGUGGAACAGUUACAUUCAUAGAAACAGACAACAUGGCUUGUCGUUACAAAGCAAUACGAGAAGCAAAUAGUGCGUCUUCUAAUACAAUCAAUUGGAUAUCAGUUCUAUUUCUUACCAGUCUGAUCAAUAUCAGAAAUUGUCUCUAA